AUGUCAGGAGACUACGAGGAUGACCUCUGCCGUCGGGCGCUCAUCCUGGUCUCGGACCUCUGUGCGCGGGUCCGAGAUGCCGACACCAGUGACAGGUGCCAAGAGUUCAACGACCUGCGGAUCAGAGGCUAUCCCCGGGGCCCAGAUGCAGACAUCUCCGUGAGCCUGCUGUCGGUCAUCGUGACGUUCUGUGGCAUUGUCCUUCUGGGUGUCUCCCUCUUCGUGUCUUGGAAGCUGUGCUGGGUGCCCUGGCGGGACAAGGGAGGCUCAACCGUGGGCAGUGGUCCCUUGCGCAAAGACCUAGGCCCCGGGGUCGGGCUGGCAGGCCUGGUAGGCGGCGGCGGGCACCACCUGGGGGCCGGCUUGGGUGGCCAUCCCCUGCUGGGGGGCCCGCACCACCAUGCCCACACGGCCCACCAUCCGCCCUUCGCCGAGCUGCUGGAGCCAGGCAGCCUAGGGGGGUCUGACCCCCCUGAGCCCUCUUACUUGGACAUGGACUCCUACCCAGAGGCCGCAGCUGCUGCAGUAGCCGCAGGGGUCAAACCGAGCCAGACAUCUCCUGAGCUGCCCUCGGAGGGCGGGGCAGGCUCGGGGCUGCUCCUGCUGCCCCCCAGUGGUGGGGGCCUGCCCAGUGCCCAGUCGCAUCAGCAGGUCACAAGCCUGGCACCCACCACCAGGUACCCCGCCCUACCCCGGCCCCUUACCCAGCAGACCCUGACCCCGCAGCCAGACCCGGGCAGUGAGGAGCGGCCGCCCGCCCUACCCUUACCCCUGCCUGGCGGAGAAGAAAAGGCCAAACUCAUCGGACAGAUCAAGCCGGAGCUGUACCAGGGGACUGGACCCGGCGGCCGGCGGGGCGGCGGGGGCCCCGGCUCUGGGGAGGCCGGCACGGGGGCGCCCUGUGGCCGCAUCAGCUUCGCCCUGCGGUAUCUCUACGGCUCCGACCAGCUGGUGGUGCGGAUCCUGCAGGCCUUGGACCUCCCGGCCAAGGACUCCAAUGGCUUCUCAGAUCCCUACGUCAAGAUCUACCUGCUGCCUGACCGCAAGAAGAAGUUUCAGACCAAGGUGCACAGGAAGACCCUGAACCCCGUCUUCAACGAGACGUUUCAGUUCUCGGUGCCGCUGGCUGAGCUGGCGCAGCGCAAACUGCACUUCAGCGUCUAUGACUUUGACCGCUUCUCCCGGCACGACCUCAUCGGCCAGGUGGUGCUGGACAACCUCCUGGAGCUGGCCGAGCAGCCCCCCGACCGCCCGCUGUGGAGGGACAUAGUGGAGGGAGGCUCGGAAAAGGCAGAUCUUGGGGAGCUCAACUUCUCACUCUGCUACCUCCCCACGGCCGGCCGCCUCACCGUGACCAUCAUCAAAGCCUCUAACCUCAAAGCGAUGGACCUCACCGGCUUCUCAGACCCCUAUGUGAAGGCCUCUCUAAUCAGCGAGGGGCGGCGUCUGAAGAAGCGGAAAACCUCCAUCAAGAAGAACACGCUGAACCCCACGUACAACGAGGCGCUGGUGUUCGACGUGGCCCCCGAGAGCGUGGAGAACGUGGGGCUCAGCAUCGCGGUGGUGGACUACGACUGCAUCGGGCACAAUGAGGUGAUCGGCGUGUGCCGCGUGGGUCCUGACGCCGCCGACCCCCACGGCCGCGAGCACUGGGCCGAGAUGCUGGCCAACCCGCGCAAGCCCGUGGAGCACUGGCAUCAGCUGGUGGAGGAAAAGACUUUGACCAGCUUCACAAAAGGCAGUAAAGGAUUGUCAGAGAAAGAGAACUCAGAGUGA